ACACUGUGUCUAAAAAAACAGAAACGUUCGGUUUGUUGUGGGAUUUAUAAACUAAUUUACUGUUUCCAACAAUGAAGAGGGUGAAUACCAGGAUAUAAACUAUGAUUUCUAACUGCCUCAACCAUUCAGAAGAUAAAGAGAAUGACAAUCAAGAUUUUUAUGAUAACUCUCGACCAAGCAGUCCAAUGCAGAUUUCUUCAGAUUUGCUGGGUACGCGAAGAAGAUUUAGUACGGACGUUAUCGUUGAUAAUUCGCAUGAAAAAAAUACUUGCAAAGGGGGUGAUGGAGCUAAACCUAAUUUAUCUACUAAAUUACUUACUAUCACUGCUGAAGCUUGCCAGUGUUCUGUAUCUCCCCAGCUGUCUUUAGCUACUAAUUUGGUUAAAAAUAGUAAAACUAUAUCAACAUCUGUUGAUAAUGAUGAUAAUGAGACUGCUGUUGAAAAAAGCAUAGAACCACCUCCAUACUCACCGCUGACCCCUCGCCCAGUCAUUGAUAAAAAUAAUGAAAAUUCUGGAGCUUUAUGGCCAAAUAUAAAUCCUAUUGGUAAUGAUGAUAUUGAGACUACUGUUGAAAAAAGUAUAGAACCACCUCCAUACUCACCGCUGACGCCUCUAAUUGCUAAAAAUAACGAAAUUUCUGGAGCUGUGUGGGCAGAUAUCAAUGCCAAUAAUGCUUCAUUAACCUCUAAAUCGCUCACUGAGACUUCUGCUGAAAAAAAUGUCGAAUCUGUUAAUCUAAUUUCACCGCUUCCUCUUAUGUCUCCGGAAACGGCAACGUUGUUUCAGAUUUUAGCUGAUUCGAUGGAUAAUUCCAACACUGAAGGUACAUCUGAUACACCAACAAUCGCAAGCAUAAGAAAUGGCGAAGAUCCAUUAUUUAUUGAUAGCGACGAUUCGGUGAGAGAUCUUAACUACUGUGCUAAUGUGGAUUAUAGCUCGAGUGAUGAUAGCUCUAAUGAUUUAAUAUCUUUGAUGACUGGUACUGCACGUGCAGAAAGCAACCAAAUACCUAACCAAAUAAACAUGAGCGCUAGUCAUCAACUAGACACAGUUAAUUUAGGACCUCAUAGUACUGAACAGGAAAUUGGUCAAGUCGAUAAUGAAAAUAUGGUUUCUGUUUUAGAAACUCCUAUAAUAUCUGACAAUGCUAACACGAAUAAUGAUUGCUCACGUAAAAGAACUUUUUCUGUUCACGAAACCGGGUCAUCACUGGCUGAAAGACAGCCCAUGGGAAGACCAAAAAAAGGUAGAAAGCCAAAAUAUGGUGGGCUAUCGCGAGAAGAAAGGAAAACACGAAAGUACACAAAUUUGUCUUACGUCAACUCGAGGAAAAAGAUUGUCAGUCCUAAGAAAUUUAUAGAUUUUCAAUGUUGUUGUGUAAAAAAGUGCCACGAAAAUGUCACCGUAGAAAAGAGAUUGGCUCAAUUUAAAAAGUUUUAUUCUCUAGGAUCGUAUAAUGCGCAAAAUAUGCUUUUAACUGCUUUAGUAAAAGAACAACCUGUGAAGCGUCAUUACGUUGCAACAGACAAUAAAACCAAUGUUUCAAAGAAAAAGUUUUACUCACGCCAAUAUUUUCUAGAUGGUGUAUCAGUUUGUAGAGAUAUCUUCGUCAAAACAUUGCAGACGUCAGCAAAAAGAAUUAAUACGUCACUUUGUAAGAUGCGGUCAGAAAGUCGCAUUACAGAUAAUCGUGGUGUGCAUGGCGGGCGCAAUAGAGCAUCUCCUGAAAGUGAGGAGUUCGUGAUAAAUUUUAUUAAAAAGUUGCCGACAUAUAUAUCCCACUAUCGCCGAGAAAAAACAGACGGGGCUAAAUUUUUGAGAGCAGACAUGACCUUAUCAAAAAUAUAUGAGCUAUACAGCGAUGAAGCAAAAACAGCUGGCGUGAAAAUAUUAUCUACUGCAAAAGUCAAUAAAUUGUUUUUUACUAAGUUUAACCUGCGUACCAAGUCUCUUAAAAAAGAUACGUGUAAUAAGUGUGACUUUUUUGAAUGUCAAAUACUGCACGCGUCAUCGGAACAAAAUCGAGCCGAAAUUGAACAAAAGCAUUUAGCGCAUCAAGAAAUCGCAAAAUCUCUACAAAACCAAUUGAAAAUUGACAUGAAGCUUGCUAAAGAUGAUCCCUCUGUUGAAACUUUGACUUUUGAUCUCGAAAAAACGUUGCCUUUACCGCGUAUACCCACGAAUAUCGUCUUUUACAAAAGACAACUCUGGGUGUACAAUUUAGGUAUACACACUGGGAGCAAUGAUGAAGCUCACUGCAAUGUGUGGGUAGAAGGUGAAGCUGGCAGAGGUGCUCAAGAGGUGGGGUCUUGUCUCAUUAAACAUAUCACAGAAAGGCUUGAUGGCAACGUGAGACAUCUGAUUUUAUGGUGCGAUUCGUGUGGUGGCCAGAACCGCAACAUAAAAUUAACAUUAAUGCUUAAAGCUAUGUUAAAUGAACAUCCCACAUUAGACCAGAUCAAUAUAAAAUUUCUUGAAUCGGGGCAUAGCUUUCUCCCAAACGAUUCAGAUUUUGGAAAGAUAGAAUGUGCCUUAAAACUUCAACAGAGGCUCUAUACACCGGAUGAUUACAUCCAUGUUAUGAAAACUUGUAAAAAAACUAAGCCAAUGCAUGUACACAGGAUGAAAAAUGCAGAUUUCUUGUCAUCGUUGAAGUUAGAAAGGAACAUAGUUAAUAGAAAGAAAACGAUAGAUGGAGAGAAAGUUUCGUGGCUCAAUACUAAAGAAAUCAUGAUUAAAAAGGAUGAAAUGUUCAAAAUUUAUAUGAAAACUAAUUUGGAUGAAGAUUUCAAGGUCGUGAAUAU